GUCUCUCUCUCUCUCUCACACACACACACACACACACUCGUCUGUCUCUCUCUCUUUCAAUAGUUCCAUCCAUUCUGUCAGGCCAGGCCUCUACGUUUGGGAUAUACUCUUUCUCUGCUUGCAUAAAGGGGCAACUAAAAAGGGGGGCAAACAGCACCAAAUCUAGUCUGGAUCAGAGGAGACGGAUCAAGUGGAUCAGAUGAAGAUGAUGACAAGCUGUUGAGCCUUGGAAGUCAAGGAAAAGUUUGAACAUUGUGAGGGCCCUGGGGGCAAAGAUGUCCUCGUCACGAGGGGCUCGACGCAUCCCCUUCAUCUCGCACUGCCCUUUAUUUCAAUGACCGGGAAGAAAGCACAUCUGGCAGUGCCCCAUUUCAAAUAUUCCGCCUUGGAUGCGCCUUGCCGGGUGGGACUCUUUGAGAGCUGAAAACAUGCGACUGUGGUGGAUUUUACUGCUAAGCUUUUGGAGUGUUUAUGGAGAACUCCCAUUCAUAGCAGAAAACAACGCUGCCAUGCUGGUCAACUGGAAUGCUGUGGAUGGAAAUAAAAAGCUGUUUGCAAUUUAUGACACAAGCGCCAAUGAACCAGGAAACAUGUCUUUUGUCAAAGAGACAGUAGACAAGCUUUUGAAAGGCUAUGAUAUUCGUCUACGACCAGAUUUUGGAGGUGCACCGGUUGCAGUUGGCAUGAGUAUUGAUGUGGCGAGCAUAGACAUGGUGUCUGAGGUCAACAUGGACUACACGUUGACCAUGUAUUUCCAACAGUACUGGAGGGACAAGCGGCUGGCAUAUACUGGGAUUCCUCUUAAUCUCACUUUAGAUAACAGAGUAGCUGACCAGCUCUGGGUUCCUGACACAUAUUUCCUAAAUGACAAAAAGUCUUUUGUACACGGCGUCACAGUGAAGAACCGCAUGAUCCGCCUGCAUCCAGAUGGGACAGUUCUUUAUGGAUUAAGAAUCACUACGACUGCUGCUUGCAUGAUGGAUCUGAGAAGGUAUCCAUUAGAUGAGCAGAAUUGCACUCUGGAGAUUGAGAGUUAUGGAUACACAACAGAUGACAUCGAGUUUUACUGGAAGGGAGGAGAAACCGCAGUGACGGGUGUGUCACGCAUCGAGCUCCCGCAGUUCUCCAUCGUUGACUACAAACUUGUGUCCAGAAAUGUUGUCUUUUCCACAGGUGCCUAUCCUCGACUAUCUUUGAGCUUCAAGCUAAAAAGAAACAUCGGCUACUUCAUCCUGCAGACCUACAUGCCCUCGAUCCUGAUCACCAUCCUGUCCUGGGUCUCCUUCUGGAUCAACUACGAUGCCUCAGCAGCCCGAGUGGCAUUAGGUAUCACCACUGUGCUGACCAUGACCACAAUCAACACCCACUUGAGAGAAACUCUACCGAAGAUUCCAUAUGUCAAAGCAAUAGACAUGUAUCUGAUGGGCUGCUUCGUCUUUGUUUUCUUGGCUCUGCUGGAAUACGCUUUCGUCAACUACAUUUUCUUUGGACGAGGGCCUCAGAUGCAGAAGAAAUUGGCUGAGAAAGCUGAGAAAGCCAAUAAUGACCGCAACAAGUAUGACGGCAACAAGUCUGUUCAAGAGGGAGGAAACUGCAAGCCAUCAUCUGUUAAACAGUCCAAUCAGGUACAAGGCCACCGUCACUCACGAGGGGUGGACUCCCAGGGAAAUAUUCUUCUGACCACCCUGGAGAUCCACAACGAGGUGGCCGGGAACGAGAUCACCACCAGCGUCAGCGAGGCUCGAAACUCCACUUCAAUGGUGUUCGAUAACUCAGGGAUCCAGUAUCGCAAACAGAGCACAGCGCGGCACAGCAUGGACAGAAACGCACAGUCCAAGAAACCGCGACUACGCAGACGCUCUUCACAGCUCAAAAUCAAAAUCCCUGACCUCACAGACGUGAACGCCAUCGACCGAUGGUCACGGAUUAUAUUUCCCGCAGUUUUCUCGCUUUUCAACUUGAUCUAUUGGCUGUAUUAUGUGAAUUAGGCCUCAGGCGUCCGUUGGGUUUUUUUGGCCCUUCACGAUUUUUUCAUGUUGCCAAGUGGAAAAUUAGACUUUUUUUUUCUUUCUUUGCUCUGAUGUACUUUACGGACGUGCUCGCACGCCAUAUUGAAUUUUUUUACAUUUGAACCCUUGUGAUGUUAUAAAGGGUUGGGACUGAAUGCUACCUGCACUAAAUGGGCCGUCCCGUACAGUACAUUUCCAGUGACAUCAACAAAAUCAGUUUUCUAAAGAUACAUGUCAUAAUUUCCGAAGCCACAGGACUUCCGCAUGAUGCAUUCAGAGCUGUUUUUAAUUUGUACAUGUUGCUAUGUUAUUCCGAUCGAAAGACUGCUAAUGUUUCAUGCCAAUACGUCUUUACUGUUGGAGCACAGGGGAUGAAUAUUAAAAGAAGACUAUAUAGUUAUGGAAAUGCAAUAUAACAAGGGUUGUAGUUCAAAUCACGUCUUCAAAACAUUGUCAUUAUGAUCUUAUUUAGACGACGUUUGUAUAUAAUCAUGUCACGAUAUGCUUUUGGAACAUGAUUUCCAUCCGCCUUGGGUUGAUAUGAUUAUGCGCCACUUUUUGCAAUCAUCAUGUAAAGUGCUUCAGUACAUGUACGAUAAGAUAAUAACUGUUCACUCAAGGAUAUCAACAACAACUAAAAUGAGAAAAGGAACAAAAAAGGGGAAUAUUUAAAUCAGGGCCUGCAAAGGAUUUCCAUGAUGCCAUCCUGAACAUCAAACACAAGAAGACGAACAAUCCUCACAUUGUGUUUUGCUUUUUGUUAGUAGACGUGUAGCAAUGACUUUGAUUUUCAAGUGAGGUUUGGGUGUUUUGUUCCCCUCCUUUUUUUUUUAAGUAUGCCUGAGUCAUUUCACAUAUCAUCGUAGGCCUUUUGGAAACAUCAUAUGGGCCCACUUACAUCUUCAUCCUUUUCCCUUCCUGAAAGGGGUUAUUUACAUGAACGCAUUUGAGGGAAUUGUAUGCUGGCAUCAACACAUAACUUGUCUCAGGUUCUCUUCCAACAAGAAAAUGAUCCGUAUUUUUCUGAUCGUCAGUAUUCGCAUCAUCUUUGUUGUGAUUAAUUUGUAUUAUAUCCUUGUGUACAGCAACGAUUACAUAGCAGAUUUAGAGCGCAUGAUAUUGUUUGCAUUUUGCGAUUCUACAGUGACUGUAUCCGAUUUUUGUUUUGGCAGAUUUCUUUACCACCAGUCAUAUGCACUUACUCAGUUUCUGGGGCCGAAAACUGCUGUCUGGUUAGAGAGUAAUGUAUUCUCAUGCUUGCAAACCAUCAAAUAUAUUUAUAAAUCUCUUUAAAAUAUCCCGUGUGUGCUGUUAACAUGUCAUUUAACAGGUUGCUUUGCAGUUACAUUGUGUCAGUAGAUGCUCAUUAAUUCUUGAAUUACUUUUCUUCCCUCUUCUAUUGUAUGUUGUAAAUAUAUAACCCACGAUCCACACAUGAUCCAUUUCUCUGUUCCCUUUUUUUCUAAUAUUCACUUCUGAGGUUUUAUUCUGUACAAAUGACAAGAACUCUAUUUAUGAAAUGUGUUUAAACUAUUAGACAUAUGAGGGGUGAAUGUCCAAAGGACAACAUGAGGAAAUGGAAUAAACUUUACUCUUUCAAGUA